CGAUACCCCCGCAUCGCCGCCUUAUCGAUACCGCGGGCUUCUUCCACAUUCCACCGUUUUGCUCACUUUCAGUUGCUGCUCGUUGCCAGACAAACGCUGGAUUUCAGUCCAUAGACUUGUUAUAAGAAACGAAUAAUGCGUCCAGACGGCCCCCGAGAUUCUGUUACCGGGCCAGACAGUGGCCCAGAGCCUCCAUUUCCGAUCAAGUUAUCCGGUCCGGUGAUCAAAGGUUUUGGGCGGGGAAGCAAAGAGCUGGGAAUCCCCACAGCCAAUAUUCCCCCAGAUGGCUUAUCAGACUAUCCCGAUCUACAAGUUGGGGUGUACUACGGAGUAGUCGCAUUGGAUCCGUCCAGAUUCACAUCAGAAGCGACAAUCCUUCCAGCUGUGCUGAGUAUCGGAUACAAUCCCUUCUACAAGAACACCACUCGAUCCGUGGAAAUCCACAUCAUGCCUCCUCUCUCAUCGCCAUCACCGACAGCAAAUGGUGAGGUGGGUCAAGUGAAAUUCAACAAAUUGCCUGACUUCUACGGCACAAAGCUUAAUCUUUUGAUUCUGGGGUACAUCCGUCCAGAAUACGACUACGUGUCGCUGGAAGCCUUGGUCGAAGAUAUUCGGAUUGACUGUGAGGUUGCGCGCCAGAGUCUCCAGCGAGAGGCAUAUAUCAGCUACUUUACUGGACAGGAUUGUUCGGAAGCGGUGCAGGAGCAGCGAAAAUGGCUGAUUAGUUUUUAGAGCUUGUUCUUUGUUUUGGUCGAGAAGGGAUGGUGGUGUAUCAGUACAUAGUUUUCU